GAGAGAGAGACAGGGAAGCUGCAGCACUGCUGCCAUCUAGAGGCAAUGAGUGGCAUGCGAUGGAAUGUGGGGGUUCCCGGCACAAUUCUAAUGUGGGAAGGGGCAACUAGAAACCACCCUUGUGCCUGUGUAGCUCUAAAGCAGCCCUGUAUCCGUCCAGGCGUGCAGUGAGCAUGUCGGAGAGCUAUAUGGCCUUUUCAGUGUAUGAUCCCAUGGCACACACAGCCAGUUGUUCAGACUGUGGAGGGGCUGGGGGUCCUGUAUCAGAGGGGUCUCUGUUUGGGAAGCACAUGCCCAUGGGGAAGCCCCUCAAAAGCUCAGAGCUGAGACUCCUUGGGCAGCUUGGGGCUUCUGCUCCCUGGUGGUGAUGAGGGUGCUUGUUGUGUGCAGAGCUGGGAUUCUGAAGGGAAGCCAGACUGUCGCUGUGUUGCACGGGGAAGGUCUGCUGUAUCAGCAACUGGCGGACCCUGUUGCAAGGCCCCAACCGCCAUUAUUUUAUAUAGAGACACCCGCUAAGAUCAGGGCCCCGUUGUGUUGCCGGGCGCUGCACACGCAGUAAGACCCAGCCCCAAGGAGCAUACAAUUGAAACAGUGGGUGGGAGAGGAAACGGGCACAGGCGAGUGAUGUGACCUGCCCAGGUCUCACAGCAGGGCAGUGACAGAUCUGGGGAUGGCACGCAGGGCUGGAGUUCCAGCCCAGGCCUGAUCCAGGACCAUGCUGCUCCCCAGAACUGAUGGAAACGGGAUCUGAAGCAGAGGGGUAAACAGGGGAGUGCUGGGGGUAAUUGCAGCCAGCAUCCUUGUAUGUAGUGGGCUAAAGUUUUGCUUCAAAUGCCUCUCACACAUGGAAGGGAUGAAAUUAACAUGAAGGGCAAGUCCAGGGGUGCCCUUUGAUGAUCUCCUUUCAGACAUACACCAUUGCACUGUGUCCCUCCUUUCCCCUCUGUUGGGAAGAACAGGGCACAGGGUGAGUGAGAAAUUUCUGACACACAUGCUUCCAUCACGGGAUGUUCCUGGCAGGCAGAGCUGGCCUCCAUGCACAUCCACAGGGUAUCGUCAGUGCUGGCUUCAGAUGUGGGCUGAGGGAGAAGAAGAUGAAGUAGGUCUGACCUUGUCUCAUUCAAUCCAGCAGGACUGGCUGAGUGGCGUCCUCAGCCUCCCAAUGGACAAGGGUGGCUGGGAUGUGGGAGAGGGCACGGUGCAUGACAGCACCACCUCCCGAGUAGCCUCAGGAGGAAUAAGAGAUUGAUGUGGGGGAGCAAGGGGUUCAGCUGUGGAUUUAUUACUCUGUCUUGCCAUCCUGGAUUUUCCAGGUUUGUAGGCUACCCAGGGCACUACAAGACCUUGCUUGGGAUCCGCAACGAGGACUGCGGGGCUGGCGGCUGUCUCAUUGAACUCGCCCAAGAGCUGCUGGUCAUCAUGGUGGGGAAACAAGUAAUUAACAACGUGCAGGAAAUCGUCAUCCCGAAGCUGAAAGGCUGGUGGCAGAAGUACAAGCUUCGAUCCAAAAAGAGGAAAAGCAAGGAGGCCCAAUUGGGCCUGGCGCAGCAGGUGCCCUGGGAGAGCAACUACGAGCUCCUGGUCUGUGAGGGGCUGUUUGACGAGUACCUGGAAAUGGUCCUGCAAUUUGGAUUCAUCACUAUCUUUGUGGCAGCUUGUCCUCUGGCGCCCCUUUUCGCCUUGCUCAACAACUGGGUGGAGAUCCGCCUGGAUGCACAGAAGUUUGUCUGCGAGUACCGUCGUCCUGUGGCUGAGCGGGCCCAGGGCAUUGGCAUCUGGUUUUAUAUCCUGGAGGUCAUCACCCACUUGGCUGUCAUCAGUAACGCCUUCUUGAUUGCCUUCACUUCAGACUUCUUGCCCCGGCUGUAUUAUCAGUACACCCGCGCCAGUGACCUGCAGGGUUAUGUUAAUUUCACCCUGGCGUAUGCUCCAAAGCACUUUGCCUCACAGCACAAUGUCACGUGCAGGUACCGUGCAUACAGGGAUGAGAGCGGAAGGUACUCGCUAACCUAUUGGAACCUACUAGCAAUUCGCCUGGGCUUUAUUAUAGUGUUUGAGCAUGUGGUUUUCUUUAUUGCUCGUCUGAUAGACCUGAUGGUGCCUGACAUUCCUGAGUCACUGCAGAUCAAGGUGAAGCGUGAACGUUAUCUGGCGAAGCAGGCACUGGCUGAGAACAAGGUCCUCUUUGAGAGAAAGGAAGUCAGAGCCACCUCCAGCACUAUGCAAACAGCACCCAAAGACUGGGAACGAGGUGGGACACAUGAAAACCAGGAGCCUACCCCACUGCAGACGACAACAUCUACACACACAUUAGCUGCUAGUCCGGAAGCUCAUCCUCAGCACCAGUUUGAGCCUGAAGCAGAAUCCCCAUGAAGUGCUGUUGACUCAGUUUUAAACACAAUAAAUGGUGACUGCUUCUAUGUGCGGGUGAAUGAAACUGAGUUCAGCCAUGGAGCAUGUGCUUUCUAGCACUCUCCUUUGGAAGAGAUGAACUCAACUUGGCUCUGACCCUAAGCUGGGCAGCUGUUGUAUAUAAGAAACGUUGCAGAGGAAUGAAUUAUUUUAGUGAAAUUUCAGAGUGGAGAAUUGUAAUUUCAUGGAUAAAUAAAGCACGCCAAUUAAUAGUACAGUGACAGGCAUACUUGAAUACCAGCUAAGUCCUUAGAGCCCUGCAGGUUAAACUAAAGUUGGAGCUGGCUGACUUUGGGGUUGGAAGAAAUUCCUUCUUGCUCUGAGCUAUGGUAGCAGACAGGUGGGCUGUAUGGCCCUCAGCUGGCAAGAGGAUGGUAGGUGGGAGAAGCAGUGCUUCAGGCUGAAAUGACACAAGUCUCACUGCUCCAGUGAGGUGGGAAGCAGCAAUUCAACAGGCCUGGCUCUUACACAGCUGCAGCACGGGCUCAAGGGAAGUCUAAACCAUAGCAUGUUGUCAGACAGGAGCAAGCCUAAUUUCCUCCCCCCUUCCUGUUACCAGAGAGAGGAAAUGUGGAGUUAUGCACUCUGUUCCCUUAGAGAGGAGAGCGGGGGAUAGGAGGGGAGAGCCUGGGCAGUAACUGGGGUUCUUUACAGUGGUAGGCAUGGAGAGGGGGCCCUGAGGGCACCCACUUCACUAGUGCUGGCCUUAAUACCUCUUCCUCCUUAGGACCUGCACUCUGGUAGGAUGACUGAGCCUGGGUAGUAGGUAAUAAAUCCAGACAGGGAACAACUGACACUUUAAGAUGACAGCUUAAGUCUGAAAGAACCUAUGAAGAUUAGGCCAGCCCCUGCCCGAAUGUACAUGGAGAAGCAAUCUCUUCACAAACCAUGGGCAGAGAAAUACAACACUCCAAGCUGUUUCAGGUUUUUAUUUUAGAAUUUAUAAAAUUCCAGUGUCAUCCAUACUCAUGAGCCUUUUUACAUGUUUGCAUAUAGUCUCCAAAUUCCAAAGUUAAGGCCAAGGGAUCAUUGCCAUGGAAACAUACACUAUGGAAGACGUUGAAAAUAAAGGAAAUGGAGCACAUACCAGAGCAUCUGCUACAGACUGAGGGGCAGCAGGAGACAGUACUAGGUACAAUCACUUCAUGACUUUUAGCAUGUAGGGGACCCUGAAUUUAAUUCAAGCCAAGCGGGGCAACUGAUGGGGGGGGAGGGGGUUGUUUUUUUUUGCGGAGGGGGGGGAAGAGAAGGAGGGAAGGCUUGAUAACCUCUAGAUAUACCCCUUCCCCAUCUGGGUUGUCUAGCCCUUUUCAAAGUCCCUUUAGCUGAAAAGGAGGGGAUUAGGGCACUACCCUCAUUUGGUCAGCCACCCCCCUUUAGACAUCUACCAUGGGGCUGAUAUGUGGUCAAGUUAGUCACCACUGCCUUUGCAUAGUUCUGGGACCUGGCUUGUUCAGUUGACCACAAUUCUCCACUUCACUGUAAGCAUCAGGACAUUUUGGUGUCUGACUUCUGGGCUAAGGUCCUCUUCCGAAGAGGGCUAGAGCAGAGGGGGUUGGGGAAAAGAAGAAAUGUCAGCAUUUCUAAGCCUCACUUUUAACACAGGUGCAGUGCUGGGAACAGCAAGAGAACUGGGGCCAGCCUUUCAACAUAAUGACCCUUGCCCCAGUCAGCAUUAUUGGGGAGAGACUGGAGACUUGCUUGCACAGGCGCUGAAGCAGUAGGGAAAUGGAGGUAGGAAAGGAGGAGACCCCACUCCCUCACCACACCAAACACAAUUUCUCUCUGGCCGAGUGAGCAGCUCACUAGAGAAGCCUCCUUUGAGCAAGCUGUGGCAGUGCUUAGGGUUCAGCAACUCAGGGACCAAGAUGCUAUGGUACUGAGCAUGGGAUUCACCACAUACAGUGGCAAGCCCUGGGCCUUAGUGCUCCCUGCACUCUUUGCCUCUGUGUACUUCAGAGCAGCUUGACUUUCUGUAGCUCAGAGCUGACAUGCAACCUGCCUCUCUUCCCUUCCCUGAAACCAAGCCCACCUUCUGGCUGAGUCCUACUGCUCUAAGGGGUGGGAGUAUGUUACACCGUAACUUGCUCUUAGUUUCACGCGCAUGUGAGUUUCCAACAGCUUCAUAUGCUGAUUGAUGCUCUUCGGCUCUCCCUGCACCCGGUGCAGAGAAUUCAGCUCUGGCCCCCACAGUGAGAUGAGCAGGUUAGCAUCAGUGCUGAUGCUCUAGACUAGGAGGCCACCCCCAGACUGGUUUUUGAGGUAGAAAGGCAAUAGCAAAUAGUGACAAAUUCCCUACCCCUUGUGUCCAAAUGCUGUCAGCAGGAGGGGGAAAAUUAUGUAGCUUCAGCAUUGCAGUUCCUAUCAGCUAGCUCCUGGGCCAUGUUAUCAUAGCAACCUGGGCUGACCCAAAUUCUGUUGCACCCCAUAAUACUGUCAUGUCCUGGCUCUGACCAGCUCUGCUGCUGUUGGGAAGAACAAACAGGGGAGAAAAGGGAACAGUGGGAAGUAGCUGUAUUUUUUACUCUCACAUGUUGGAAGACUCAUCAAGUGUGCAUGUGAGAAUCAAGGCUCUCAAUGCUACACAUGGACACGCUCAGUGUCACAUAUCACUUAAAGGCUUUUCUACUUGACCAGGGGAUCCCUUGUGUCACUGCUGGUCCCUUCCAGUGUCGUUGCUUCUACAGAUUAUUGUAUUGUUCCUUUAAAAGCAGUUUCUAAGCUUUAGACUUGUAGCUCACUCCCCACAUCCACUAUCACUGUUAGAUGGAUUUUUGGCAGUUCAAAGGAAAAGCUGAUUGCACUCUACAAUAGUAAGGUAAGGUCCAGGAUAAACACAAAGGAAAAAGGGCAAACGUUUUGGCUUUUAGAAAGUCAAGGAAAUUUAUUUCCUGAGGUCAUGAGACAGGAAGUUGAUUCCUAGCCACAGUAAAGGAGGUCUCCUAAUGAAGGUUGGAGUGCCUAGCAAGACAUGCUCAAGCUAUCUGAUCACUGUCACCACUUCGGUAGUUGUGAAGCUGACCAGAUGAAAGUCACUUAUGA